CUGUUAACUACAUACCUGGUUAUUUUCUCCAACAAUUUAAGUUAUUUUAUUACCUGGAAAAUCAAACCAAAGGAACAAUGAGGAGUGAGGAGGUUAGAGGUUGCAAGCAAAAUACCAGUAUGCAUUUAGGGUUAAUAUUUAAAGCAUGCUUUAUAUUUUGUUUUGUUAAGCAUGUAGUUUAUGCAAUGGGCACCCAAUGUGCUAACUGUUAAAAAAGAUAUUUCUGAAGAUCAUGUAACAGCCUUUAAACAAGAAGGAGCAUUAAUCGUGCAUUCUUGACAGGUGUCUUGAGUGAAGCUUUCACACUUAAAAACUCGACACGGUCUAACUUACAACCGCCUGAAGAUUCACUUUCUACCUCAUAGCGUGUCUACUGGAGUGAAUGUCAGUGUCUAAUAAACAUGAUCUCUCAGGCUUGCACAGCUCAGCUGCUCAGCCAAGCAAAGUACGACAUGGUCUAAGAGAUCGAGAGCAACAGAAACAUCAGAAUAACAAGCAGCACAUAUGGAGAGGUAAUUGUACUGCAAAUAAGGUAUUAUUAAGCUAUAUGUAGUAUAUUUUUAUCACUCAUACAGACGGAUAGACGGACAGGUUUAUUUGCAGCUAAUCUGUUCUGAAUUUUUAUACCACACAGACCUUUUCAUUCGCAUAAAAAUGUAAAGAAACGAAACUAUUCCUUGCUUCUCUUGUGUUUCUAAAGGGCCACAGUGUACUGUAUAACAUAUUGGGUUUCCUUUCAGCAUUUCUGUCUGAAUGAAUGGAUAUUAAUUAUUUACCAAAGUGUACCUGUGAGACCACAUGCUGUUGCAGUGUAAGAACGGCCUCCGUGUCACAAACACUUGAUAUUUAGCCACUGGCGUCUGUCUACGGCGGAACUGUGGCAUUUAAGUAUAGCUGCAAAAAUAGAUUGAAUGAAUUGCUCAUUUUCCAGACAUACUCUGGAUUUCAUUAAGCACUUGGGGAAAAUCUGAAGAUUUCCAUUCAAGCCACUCAAACCCGAGGAACAUAAUUAGGACUAAUGAUUAGCAGUGAAGAGGAGAUGUAGGAUGAAGCUCUGUAUCUAUGCCAUAAACAGCUGACGACUACCUGCUUUCUCCAGCAUCAUGGCAGCUGCUUUACUGGAGCGAGGCAGGAACUCUAGUUUCUCGAGUAACCACACAGAUUUAAUCCUGACAGCACCGCUCAGCUGCAGCAAUGAUGAGUCAUACAAGUACAUCAUCUUACCUCUGUGCUACUCUAUAACCUUCCUACUCAGUGUCGUCCUAAACUCCACUGUUCUCUUGCGCUCCUACCGCAGUGGACGCAGAUGGAAUACCUCGCUAAUUUAUAUGGUCAACCUGGCCUCCACGGACUUAAUGUACAGCUUGUCUCUGCCGCUCUUGGUGGCGAGUUAUGUCAUGCAUGACCAUUGGGUGUUUGGGGAUUUUAUGUGCAGGCUGGUGCGCUUCCUCUUUUAUUUCAACCUCUACUGCAGCAUCUUUUUCCUCACCUGCAUCUCUGUGCACCGCUACAUGGGCAUCUGCCACCCCAUCAGAACCAUCACUCUGGAGAGCAAGCGUGCCGCGAAGAGCACCUGCGCUAUGGUCUGGGUCGUGGUGUUUCUGCUCACCUGCCCGAUCUUUCGUUUUGCUCAAACUGGCGACUUGCCCAGAGUGGACAGAAAUGGAAAGAACGCUACGGUGGAAAAUGGGCUGAAUCAAGUGGGCUUGGAGAUGUAUAAGAACUGUUUUGAUGUUGCAACAGACACCGAGUUCUCAGAGUACAUUCCAUACGGAAUUGUUCUUCACUUCCUGGGCUUCUUUGUUCCUUUCACUGUUAUUGCAUGGUGUUACUCGCAGGUGGUUCGAACCAUCUUUCAGACCUUGCACACCCAACCAUACGUGCAGGAGGUCAGUGAUAAUGAAAGAGGCCCCACCAGUCAGACCUCGAUCUCGAUCUCUGGCUCUCAGCAUGCACCAUAUAUCAGCAGGCGCCGCAAGUCCAUCAAAACAAUCGUUACCAUCACCUUCUUGUUCGCGCUGUGCUUCCUGCCAUUCCAUAUCACCCGGACGCUGUACCUCAUUCUUAAACAGAGAAACGCAGAGUGUCACACCAUACAUGCUAUCUCUGUCUGCUACAAAGUCACUCGACCCCUGGCGUCAUUCAAUUCGUGGCUCAAUGCUCUGCUCUACUUCCUCACUGGGGACAAUGGCAUAUCUUGCUGUGGACUGACAGAAAGCAGUCAUCACAAGCAUCAUGUCUGGCCAUCAAGGGCUGCUGGAGGACUGAAAAAGGAGGUAGUGGCAGAAAAGGAAGAACAGGGUGAAAAACAUGCGAAUAACCAGCAGAGAGACUCCCAACCCUCAGCAAUCACACAAAAGACGGUGAACAUAACCAAACCCUGUGGAUGGUGGCUUUCCUAUGAACUGUCUGUGUCUGAAUAAUACUGAUCUUCUAUUUAUUUUGUUAACUUACUAUUAAAAGAGCAAUAAGAGAAUAAUAAUACUCUGUGCUGAUGUAGUUGUAUGUUAUCACGUUAUUGCUCAGUACAUGGCUAUUUACCAGGCUGGAACAAACAUUUUAUUCGUACCCUGCAUGGAGUCAUUCUAAUCUUGUGACAUUUUAUUAUUUUCCAAAAUUGUUGUAAUGCUGAGACUGCUUUAACUUUAAGAACAACAACUGCUUAUUAAUUUACUUUUCACUAAUUAUUUAUUAAAUUAUUGUUUGCACACUAAUGCAUUAAAAUGAUUGAUUUUUACAUUCCUCUCCCUUAAUUAAUACAAGCCCAGCAAUGGCUUUUAGCAAAUGGAGUCUAAUGAGAUCGAUUAAUAUAUAAGAACAAGUCAAUAAAUGAAAAGAGAACAGAAAACAGUGUUACUAAUUCAUAGCCCUUGGCCAUGUAUGGCAUUAAUCGUUAAACU